AUCUAUAAAAGCUUGGAAUACGUCAAAAGGGUACACUUUUGCUAAGAUUGCAAAAUGGAGUCAAAAUUCCUUCUCCUUUUACUAUUGUUGGGCUUCUUGGGGCACACAUGGGCCGCCACCGAUAAGGUAAUUUGCUAUUAUGCAAGUUGGGCAGCCCUAAGACCAGAAAAAGGUGCUUUUGUGGCUGAAGACAUCGACCCAAAUUUGUGCACGCACGUGAAUUAUGCGUUCUUGGGACUCAAUCACGAUGGUACUUUGCAAAUCCUGGAUGAAGAGAACGACGUAAACCAAGGUGGUUUAAAGAGAGUGAGUGCUCUGAAAGAAGUCAAUCCUAAUUUGAAAGUACUGCUGAGUAUUGGUGGAGCAUCUGCUGACACUGGCGUUUUCACUACAGUAGCAGGAACUCCGGAACUCCAACAAGCUAUGGCCCAAAGUGCUAUAGAAUUUUUUGAAACGUAUAAUUUUGAUGGUUUAGAUGUGGAUUGGGAGUAUCCACGAGGUGGUGAUAUAGGAACAUACAUCGACCUUCUUUCUGCUUUAAAAACUGCUUUUGAACCAAAUGGCUAUCUACUAACUGUAGCUGUCAACUCCAUCCCUGGAGAAGUUGGAGGAUACGAUAUCCCAAAAAUGUCUGAUAUCCUUGACGUUAUUAAUGUCAUGACCUACGAUUUCCAUGCUCCUUGGGGCAACACUGCUGAAAAUUCUCCGUUAUAUGGAGGAGACAAUGAAAGUCAAUGGAACAGAGACAAUCGAAAUGCUGAUGCUGCGAUCAGGUACUGGCUAGAUGGCGGUGCUGAUCCGCAAAAACUUGCCAUUGGCAUCGCUUUUUAUGGUCACACUUACAAAAUUAGUCCAGAAAAUCAUGAUCUGGACUCUUCUGCUGAGGGUCCAGGAGAUCCAGGACCAUACACAAAUAACACAUUCAGUUUGGGUUACAAUGAAGUUUGUGAAUUCCACCCGGAUGGAACUGUAGUAUUUUUGGACGAUAUGAAAGUUCCGUAUCUUUACGAUGAUGAUUUUUGGAUUGGUUACGAUAACGAAGAAUCUGUAACAUACAAAGUACAAUAUGCCCAAGAGAAAAAUCUAGCUGGCGUCUUCAUUUGGUCAAUAGACACAGACGACAUGCAAGGACUUUGUGGAGAAUCAAAUGGGCUUCUGAAAGCUAUAAAUAAAGCUAUUCAAUAAAUGUAUCUAUAGUGGUUAAUAAAUUAAGUUUUAUUACA